AUGCAGUUAUGUUUCAAUCCUGCAGGUUUUGAAUCCACGGCAUGUUUCAAGCCAGCCCCGGAGCUGCCUGCAUCUCCAUGCAGGGCCCAGAUGGCAAAACUCCUGCGUUCAGACGUGCAGAGCAGCAUCCAGGACUGCGCAGGGUGGAGCCUGGGAACCGGUGCAGCGCUCCCAGCUGCCGGGAAGGGGCUGUCCCGGGCACGGGCGUCCCUCGUCCCCUUCCCCGGAGCAGCCCGGUCCUGGGGGCAAAGGAAGGGCCGAGCCCGAGCAUCCCCAGCCAUGCAUCUCUCUCCGCGGCAGCCGCUGCCGCCGGCCCCCGCUGCUGAUUGAGCUGCCCGCUGCCUCCCUGCUGCCGCCGGAGCCCCACGCUGUAAGCUGCUAAGCCCUUCUCGGGGCUGGAGGCAUCCUCCUGGGGUCGGGGCUGCAGGGCCGGGAUGCCCCGGGGUGGGUCCCACUCCUCCCCCCGCUUCCAGGCCCCACUACGCAGCUGCAGGCGGGCACAGCCCUGCCCAGCAGCGCCAGCCCCGCCGGCCCGGAGCAUCCUGGCAGCAUGGCAGCUGGAGCAGGGUGCUGAGCCAGCCGGCUGCCUGCUGCAAUACCGCAGUGCUGCUGCAUUGCCCCAAGGAAGAGGCCAGCUCCGCCGGGCCCCGCUGGGCACCCCCAGCCGGUGUGCCAGUUCUCCCCACGGCCAGGACCAGCCGCGCCUCUGCUAUGUCCCUGCCCAACAGCAGACGACCUUCCACUGGAUCUCGAAGGCGCCCCUCCCCGCCCGUGAGCAUGCGGGACACCUACGGCACCUCCUCACUGAGCAGCAGCAGCAACUCGGGCUCUUGCAAGGGCAGCGACAGCAGCCCCACCCCCAGGCGUCCAGUCAAGUACACGCUGUGCAGCGAUAACCAUGGGAUCAAGCCCCCGACACCCGAGCAGUACCUGACCCCGCUGCAGCAGAAGGAAGUCUGCAUCCGGCACCUGAAGGCGCGGCUGAAGGACACCCAGGACAGGCUGCAGGACAGGGAUGCGGAGAUCGAGGACCUGAAGACGCAGCUGUCGCGGAUGCAGGAGGACUGGAUCGAGGAGGAGUGCCACCGCGUGGAGGCCCAGCUGGCGCUCAAGGAAGCCCGCAAGGAGAUCAAGCAGCUGAAGCAGGUGAUCGACACGGUGAAAAACAACCUGCUGGAGAAGGACAAGGGGCUGCAGAAGUACUUCGUGGACAUCAACAUCCAGAACAAGAAGCUGGAGACGCUGCUGCACAGCAUGGAGGUCGCGCAGAACGGCACGCUCAAGGAGGACGGGGCCGGGGAGUCGGCGGGGGGCUCGCCGGCCCGCUCCCUCACCCGCAGCUCCACCUACACCAAGCUCAGCGACCAGGCGGCCGGCGACAAGAACGUGGGGGGCUCGCAGACCAUCUCGGUGGAGGAGGUGGGCGACAGCGGCUUCGUGGUGGCCGAGGACUCCCUGAGCCGCACGGACUUGCUGGAGCCCAGCAGCCUGCUGUCGUCCGGGGUGGAGUGCGGCACGGAGGAGGCUUCCCUGCAGGGCUCCUUCACGCUGGGCUCCCGCCUGCCCACCAGCUCCACCUACGAGAAGCUGCUGGGCACACCCACCGCGGUGGAGGCCGGCGUGCAAGCCAGCUGCCUCCAGGAGCGGGCCAUCCAGACGGACUUCAUGCACUACCAGCCCGACUUGGACACCAUCCUGGAGAAGGUCAUGAAGUCCCAGGCCUGCAGCCUGGGCAGCCCCACCUCCGUCUGGGUGUCAGAGAUGGACGAUGCGGUGCCCGGCACAGAGACUCAGGCCCAGAGCAAUGCUGGCACCAUGGACUUGAUGCCCACGGACCCCAACCCGACCAUGGUGGUGACCGCGGAGGCGGGGGCGGAGAUGCCGGAGGGGAAAACGGGCCCUGGCCCGACUAGUGGCAACCCCGCCGUGCACCAUACCGCCGGUCCGGCUGUGACCAUCCUGUGCGCCGCGGAGGAGGAGACCCCCGAACCCGGCGCGGAGGCUGCGGUCCCCAAGAGCUACUGGAGCCGCCACUUCAUCGUGGACCUGCUGGCCGUGGGGGGGCCCGCAGGGCCCCGGGGGCGCUGCACCGUCGCCUUGCACUCCAUCCGCAAGAUCAGCUGCCGCUCCGUCAGCACCCCGGGGGCCGGUGCCCAGCCCUAGCCGUGCCCCCAUCCCGCCUGCCUGCCUCGCGCCCGCUCCGUGGCCCGCCUCGUGCCCACCAGACCACUGAUUGUACAUCUCAUCCACGCCGAACCUUCCUUCACGUCGCUCGCAGGACAGGGGACCUUGGCCCGCUCGGAGCCGCUGCAACUAUUUAUGCAAUGGCGGGAAGGGGUCCUGGGGGGGCACAGACCCGUAUGCCCAGCCAGCAGGGCAUGGACUGCCUGCCAUGGCUGGCCACAGGCUUUGUGGAGCGGGGAGGACAUCCCAGACCCCUCUCCGGACUGGUAGACCCUGCGCAGCCCUUUGCCCUUGCUGCUUCUGGACAGUUGAGGGUUCCUGCCAGCUGGCCAAGGGGACUUGUGUUGCAUUUGGACUUGUUUUUGCAGGGCCCUGGCCCUCUCCUGCACCUGCGUGUGGUGGCUGUAGCUCUCCAGUAGCAUUUUAGGACUGGCACUGGACUGCCAGAGACCCGGGAGGGGGCAGAUGCUGGGGCAGACACAGCAGGCAGCUCCCCGCCUACCUGAGCAGGGUGGGGGCAAGUGCAAGACGCACAACCCUCCCUCCCAAGGGGCGCACGGCACUUGGCAACCCGGGGAGCGCCUCUGCUCGGCAUUGCUCAUCCUUGCUGCUCUGCCCCCACGGGGCUCACCCAGCCACGGCUGCGAGGGACCCCGGAUAUACCUCACGUGAGCCCCAGCCAGAGCUGGAGCCCCAGCCGGAGCCAUCUCUGGGCAGCACCCCCUGGGCUGCCCGCAGCGAGCUGUCCUCAAGUUCAGUGUUGCUCAUUCUUUGCUUUGCACUACGGUCACUUUCUUUGCAAAACCUCGAGCUCUCUGCAUUGCUGCUCACUGCCCAGCCCUGCGACGGGCCGGCACGGUGCUGCUGGCAGGGGCGGGGGGUCAGUGCGUGCACUGGGGGGGCACUUUGCCCAGCUCAGCACCAGCUGGCGUGGCAGGAAAGCCCUCUGAGAUGCCUUUUAACCACUCAGACCAGAACUGGGGACCCACGCAGGCUGCAGCCCCCACCCACCUUGCUGCCCCUCGGGCAGCCCUACCCACAGAGUCACAGGCACCGCGCUGAGUGGGCCCUUCUCUUUUUGCAGUGACUUGAACUGAUGGUGUUUCCCCUCCCCGUCGCCCACCCCCCUGGGGGGAAGGCAGUGCUCUGUGCAGGCUUGGAGCCAGCCGGCUGGGGACCAGUGCACGGGUACGCGGCCCAGGGCAGACCCCUCUGCUGAGGUCUCCAGUAGCCCUGCCACCCCCUGGCUGCUGCCCCAGCUCCCGGGCUGGGCAGCUGCUGCAUGUCCCCGCGGGUGGGCUCGCACACGCGCCCCUCGCUCACACCCUGCUCCAGGGUCCCGAGCCCCCACAGCUGCAGGCACUCAGACCGGGGCGAGAGCAGACCCGGGCACCUC